AUGGCUAGUGAGGAGAGUUUUGUAGUGUUGGUGCAUUAUAGAGGGUCGAUUAAAAGAAAGACACGCUCCGGUGUGAAGUUUACUGAUAAAAAUUCUCUGAGUAUUUUUAUGAGACUAACGACGAGAUUCGAUGACUUCUUGAAUUCUAUAAUACAGAAACUUGGGCUGCAAAGCGUGAAACGAGUUCAGAAGUUAUUCUACCGCAUUCUGAUCUCAGUGCUUAGAGAUGACGUGAAGACACCUGAGCUGUUGACAAAGUUGGUUGAUGUGGUAUCUAGCUUGGGAGGUUCGAACCGGAAUAUCCAAACUCUAGGAACCGUAGCCGGUUCUAGCUCGAGACCCGUUGGUGCAUGUUCGUCUGUGCCCGUGAAUGCACCUAGGGAGGAGCCUAUCGCGUCCCCGUCGUUCGUCGUUGAUCUCAACUGCAGUGGUGGCGGAGAGGUUGGAAUCGUGGAGAGGGUGCCGAUUUCUUUGCAGUGUGGGACACCGGCUGAGAUCGAUGAUGCAUUACUGGAUGAUGAUGGCGAUGAUGAUGUGGAGCCUGACCUCAUUGCUGAUGAUAGUGGCGAUGACAUUGUAGCGAGUAACCUAGCUAGGGCUGGUGGUGGUUCUAACUUUGGGACUCAGCAGUACCCUCCGCACUUUUCUUCUUUGGACUUGGAUGCCAUGAGACAGGAGGGGCUUCCUGCGGAACCCACUGAAUUUGGUGCUAGAGAUACCCAGGGGACUGGGGGUCUUACAGAGUUUCAAGUUGGUCAGCAGUUUCAGGAUAAAGAGGAGGAUGUGUUAAGUGUGAAGACGUAUAGCAUCCGAAGCCGGGUACAGUACAAAGUGGUGGAGUUUGAUUAUCACCGGUACGUAGGAAAGUGUUCUGAGUUUGGAAACGGGUGCACAUGGUUGAUUAGGCUAAGUCUCCGACAGCGCAAAGGUAUUUAG